AUCUAUAAGUGAUCCAUCUUUCAGAAGUAAUGAAUCAUCCUGGAUGUCAUUCGCUCCCUUUCAUAUUCGACAAAAGAUGUAUAUUCAGUUACAGUUUCAGCCUGUUUCUACAGAUGGCAUCCUGUUUUAUACAGCACAGUACCUUAACAGUCGGUCAGGUGAUUUUAUAUGUCUGUCACUGGCUAACGGUUCUGUUCAGCUACGUUACAACCUUGGGGACCAAACAAUAAUUUUACAGUCCUUACAAAAAGUGCACACCAGAAGUUUUUGGCAUGUGAUUAAGGCAGGAAGAGUUGGUAACGAGGGUUACUUGGAGCUGGAUGGAAUCAAUGUAACUAAAAAAGCCACUUCUGGCAUGAAAGCCCUGGACACAAGUACAGACUUUUACAUCGGAGGAGUAUCAUCAUUAAGCCUUGUCAACCCUUUGGCCAUAGAGAAUGAACCUAUUGGGUUUGAUGGUUGUGUUCGAGAAAUUCUUAUAAAUAAUAGGGAAUUAAAAUUAACUGAGACAGGUGCUAAAAGUGGUUCCAAUGUAGGUGAUUGUGAUGGAACUCUCUGUGGGUAUAAGGUGUGUAAGAAUAGAGGAAAAUGUGUAGCACAAGACUCCAACUUCUCUUGCAAAUGCUCACCACACUGGAUGGGAAAGAGAUGUGAAGAAUCAAUAUACUGUAGGAAUAAUAUGUGUCUUCAUCAGUCUCACUGUAUACCUGUUCAGCCUGCUUCUUAUAUUUGUAUAUGUCCAUUGGGUUGGGUGGGUAGGUACUGUGAGAAUGAAACCUCAUUUCUUACAGCAAAAUUUGUUGGUAACUCUUAUAUUAAGUACAUUGAUCCAAAUUAUAAAAAAAGAGACCUCCAGUUUACCACCGUAUCUCUUAAUUUUAGCACAACUGAAACAGAAGGCUUAAUUUUAUGGAUGGGAAAAGCUGAACAUGAAGAAAAUGACUUCCUGGCCAUUGGUUUCCACAAUCAAACUCUCAACGUGAUAGUUAACUUGGGAGAAUCAAUCUCUGUGCCCUUAAUAAACAGCAGUGCUCUCUUAUGUUAUAAACAAUGGCAUCAUGUAAGGGUAGUGCAAAACCAGACUUUUAUCAAAGUCUACUUUGAUGGUGAUCUAAUUAUCUUUGAAGAUAUUGAUCCAACAAAAAGUUACACUGCUUUAAAUUAUGAUGGUGUCAGCUAUUUGGGAGGUUUUGAAUUUGGUCGGGGAGUAAAGAUGGUUACUCAAGGACUUUUUAAUCAAGAUUUUAUUGGCAAAAUUAAAGAUGUGGUAUUUUUUCAAGAUCCCCAAAAAACUGAACUAAUUAAAUCAGAGGGAUACAACAUCCAUAAUGGAGAUGAAUAAGACUAAUUGUUAUCUGUAGCUAAAAUAAACCUAAACAUUAGGUUGUUAGUUAUCUUGACUAGGUUACUUAUAAUGGAUAUGUACUUCACUGAUAGUUUUUUUUU